AUGAUUAUCUUAGUUGCCAGUCCUUACCUAUGGGCAUUACUUGGAAUAGCCCUUUGUAUAGGUCUUAGUGUUGUCGGGGCUGCAUGGGGUAUUUUCAUAACAGGGUCAAGUAUUCUUGGUGGUGCCGUUAAAGCACCGAGAAUUAAGACCAAAAAUCUUAUAAGCAUCAUUUUUUGUGAAGUAGUUGCUAUCUACGGUGUGAUCAUGGCGAUCGUUUUUUCUGCAAAGUUACAAAACAUUGACUCAAAAGAUCUGUACACACCGUCAAAUUAUUUUACAGGAUACGCUCUCUUUUGGGGUGGUAUAACAGUAGGAUUUUGCAACUUGUUUUGCGGGAUUGCAGUAGGUAUCACAGGAAGUACAGCUGCAUUAGCUGAUGCGCAAGACCCAACGUUAUUUGUAAAAAUCCUUGUUGUCGAAAUUUUUGGAAGCGUCCUUGGACUGUUUGGUUUGAUCAUUGGAUUACUUCAGACUGGUAAAGCAGGUGAAUUCGCUGCUGCUAAAUGA